UCACUGCUUAUGCAUCUGGAAGGCACAGAUCAAGAGUAUUAAUCACAAAAAUCCACAAGAAUUUUUUCCUAAAAUUAACCGUAUGCUCAGACCAAAGAAAGACAUCAGCAUCAACACGUUAAAAAUCUCAUUGGACAAUAGUACUCUCAGCAACCACUGCUCCAAUAAAUUUCCAGACCUAAUUAAUAACAACGAAAUUAUAGCUACAGAUCCUGAUACAAAGUUACAUAUCAUAGGUAAAUACCUGGAAAGCAUAAACGCUCCAAGAUACACGAAUUUUGGAACCACCACUAAAUUAAGUGUCGACACGCAUGCAACAACUCAUGCGAUGAACAAGUUCGCUUCUGAUAUUAACAAAUGUCUUCAUAAUAACAUGAUAGUCGGAGCUGCUUUACUUGACUUAGAGAAGGCCUUCGACUCCGUCUGGAUCGAUGGGCUAAUUUUUGUACUAGAAAAAAAUAACUUCCCGCGUGGUCUCAUCUUCCUUUUGAUAGAUAUGCUGACUGGUAACUAUUUUUACACUUGGGAUGGCCUAUCUCUUUCGACUGAAAAAUUUUCCAUACUAGAGGGACUCCAACAAGGCAGAGUACUGUCUCCCAUCCUCUUCAAUAUUUUCGACAGCUUUACCAACGACGCAACAAAGUUAGAAGAAAACGGGGUUCAUUCUAUUUCAUUCGCAGAUGACAGAGUCAUCUACAUAGCUGAUCCCAAUGUAGACAUCAUGAAAGCCAAACUGCAAGACCGUGUUAAUAAAAUCAAUGACCAUUAUUUGAGAUGGAACUUGAAGAUCAAUGGGCUGAAAAGUGAGAUUAUCUUUUUCAGACGUCCCUGCAAACAAAUAAAAGUGUCACAAUAUAACAGGAUAAAGGCGGCCAAGAUCACAAUAACUGAUCACCUAGGUCUAAAAACUGACAUACCGGUUAAAAAAACUGUAAAAUACCUAGGAGUUACCUUUGAUCAUCUUCUUCAUAUGACAAAUCAUCAUAAAGCGCAACUUGAAAAAGCCAAAAAGGCAAUAAAAAUCAACUCCAGAAUAUUUUAUAAUAGAAAUCUGUCUCCCAAAGCAAAACUCAUCUGCUAUCAGUUAUUAAUCCGCCCAUUGAUCACCUACGCUGCACCUAUACUCUGGAACAUGAACCAUACGGUCAUGAGAUUGGAGAGAUCAGCUCUACGUUCCUGCAUUGGCAUGUAUCGUAAACCAGAGACAGAGUAUCGGGAAAGAUUAAGUAAUAAAAAGAUUUAUAAAGAAGCCAAUAUCACUAGAAUAGACUGUUUCUACCUCAAAUUAGGCAGGAACUACUACGCUAACUAUAGAAACAUUGAAAAUCCCACAAUGGAUGAAUUAAUCUGCCCCGAUGAUAACAUCUGUCUUAAUGCUUGUGCAUCUGGCUACGUCACUCCAGAGAUGUUCACAUUCUGUGAUCGCAGAGGCCUACUACAAGAUGGAAAUAAUCUUCCAAUCAUCUACCACGCGAGACGACACUGCUUCAAUAAAAAACUAACAACCGAACUUUUUGAAGAGUCAAAUAAGAUGUUCUCAACUUCAUUGCCAAAAGUGGACCUCUGCGACACACACCGUCUUAAUAAAAAUUACUGGUGGCUCCAGACAGAUGCUGAAUAUCUUGACGAGAUCAGGAGAAGAACAGUUUGGGACCAU